AAACAAGGCAUGGCAAAUGCCUGUUUACUUCUGUUUGUUUUCUUUUCCAGCUGUGAUUGCAAGGUACUCCAUGUGCCUUAGAGAGCGAGGAAAAUGAACACAGUUGUGGCUGAAGGCAACUUGGGCUGAGGAAAAUUGUUUCAUUACAGGGGUUGGUGACAUUUGAGGAUGUCUCUGUGGACUUCACCUGGGAGGAGUGGCAGGACCUAGAUGAUACUCAGAGGAAUCUCUACAGGGAUGUGAUGCUGGAGACCUACAGCAGCCUGCUGUCCUUGAACCAGUGUGAUGCCAAACCUGAGUUGAUCCUGAAGUUGGAGCAAGGAACUGGGCCAUGGAAGGAAGAAGUUGUCCCAGACCAAAGGCUCCCAGCUAUGGAGAAUGUGAAGAGCCUGAACAAUACCAGUUGGGACAAUCAAAAGAGACAUUUGAACCACGUGGUAAUCACUGGCAACUCAUCAACUGAGGAGAGGGUCAAAUUUGGGAAAAUAAUUAAUAUGAGUUCAAACCAUGUUUUACACCUGGCUAUUAAGAAUAGGAACUCUUCUGAAAUGAGAUCUGAGGUGCUUGAUAUAUGGGAAAGUGUGUAUCUCCCUGGUGAGCACAGUCAGAUGCAGCCUAUAGAGGAACUUGAUCAUCUUACUGCAACUAGGAUGUCAUGUGGACCUCCUGAGCCUCUUAGUCUGGAUCACGGUGUUGAAAGUGGGCAACAGCACUUUCAGUAUAGUCACUGUGAUGAAGCCUUCAGCGUGAACACUAUAUGGACACAUAAGGUGUUUCCUCUAGAAGAUAAUUCAAGUAAGUUAAAGGAAUGUAAGUUGGCUCUUAGUGCCCAUGAGGGAACUCACAUAAGGGAAGAAACUUUUGAUGGCAACUUGUGUGAGAAAUCAUUCUCUGACAAGUGUAACCAUACUCAGCAUUUGAAAACAUGCAUGAGGCACCAAUGUGAUAAAUGUACUGAUUGUGAACCAGCAUUCAAUACAAAACCAGGCCUUAUAAAUCUUCAGAGCACUCUGCGUGCAUGGGAAAAGCCCUGUGUGUGCAAUGACAGUGAGAAAUGUGUGUGUCAGAUGCCAAAACAGAGUGUUAAUCAGAGUGUCUUCUCAAGUAAAGAGAAUGUGAAAAUAAUCAGUGUGCACCAGAGACCUCACACAGGUAGAAAACCCCAUGAAUGCAAUACAUCUGCAAAAAUCAACAAGCAACCUCGUAGACGGCACAGAUCUGGGAAAACCUACCAGUGCAAGGUAUGUGGAAAAGCCUUUAAACACACACAAAAUCUCUACUUACACUACAGAACUCACACUGGUGAGAAGCCAUAUGAGUGUAAAGAGUGUAAAAAACUGUUCAGUGUGAAGUCCAAUCUCAGUGUACAUCAGAAAACUCACACAGGCGAAAAACCCUACGAAUGUAACAUAUGUGGAAAUGCCUUUAAAAGAAGGUGUGACCUAACUAUCCAUCAGAGAGUUCACACAGGUGAGAAGCCCUACGAGUGUAAAGAAUGCAGGAAAACAUUCAGUAUAAAGUCAGGGCUCAUUGUACAUCAGAGAAUUCACACAGGUGAGAAACCAUACGAAUGUAGUGUAUGUGGAAAACGUUUUAACCAGAAGUCAAAUCUCUCUACACAUGAGAAAAUUCACACAGGUGAGAAACCCUUUGAAUGUAAAGAAUGUAGGAAAUCAUUUAGUGUCAAGUCGUAUCUCACUAUACAUCAAAAAACUCACUUGAGUGAGAAAGCUCAUGCAUGAAAUCUGAGGAAGCCUUCUAUCAGAAGACAAACCUCCACAGACAUCUUACAGAAACCUAUGGAGCAUAAAGAAUGCAGGAAAAGUUUAAGUCACUUGUCAUCUCUCCCUCAGCCUCAGGUGGAGAUUCCUGUGGAUGUAAAGGUUGAAGAGAAUCUGUCAGCUAUGAGUCAAAUCUCAUCAAUUAGUGUACCCAAAACAUGAGAGACCUACCAGUGUGAGGUAUGUUCAGAGACUUCUGCCAAAUGUCAUACUUUAGUUGUUAGAGAACUCUUACAGGUUAGAAACCCUCUGGCUGUAAGGUCUGGAAAGAGUCAGUCCUCAUAAGACUGGAGAAUUCAUAAUGAUGAGAAACCCUGUGAGUGUAGUUACAUGUGCAAAGCCCUUUAAUGGGAAGUCCCAUCUCUGAAUUUGAGUUCACACAGGUAAGAAGGCCUGUGAAUAUAAAGAAUGUAGGAAAGCAUUUCAGACAUUUGUCACCUCUCCAUGUGGAUCACAGAAUUUAGAGUUGACGAUGCUUAUCGGUGCAUUCUAUAGAAUGGUCACCCACCACAUGUCAAACCUAUAUACACAUUAGAGAAACCUCACAGUUAAGAGGCUUUCUGAAUGUAAGGACUAAGAAACAUUUCCAACAAAUGUAUACUGGAAUACUUGAAAAUGGAAAGGGGAGGAGGUCUCAUUAGCAGAUACAACUCACUGCACAUAAAACACACACAGCUGAGUAACUGAAUGCAGUGUAUGUGAAGAAACCUGUCCCCAGAUGUCAAGUCUCAGCAGUCACUAGGUGAGGAGCCCUCUGAAUGUGAGUCAUCCUUCACUGCAUACCAAAGAAGACAUGUAGGAUAAGCCAUAUCAAUUUAAUAUGUGUAAAAACUUAGUUCUAUAAGAUGGAUAUCUGCCUCCACUAGAGAUCCACACAAACACAAAACCCUGCAAAUAUAAAAACUGAAGGAAAAAACAAAACUCAAUUUAAAGAUUGUAGAAAAUAUCUCUUAUUCUUGAGGUAUGUGUAAGAAUUGACGUAGGUUACAUGCUUUAUUGGAGAGAGCCGAGACUUUAUAUGUGUUUAUAAAUCUCUUGUUUGUAUGAGUGAUAUAACCUUUUUGCAACAUAAUGCAAAGUCGUUGUGACCCAUUUUAAAAGUGUUUCAGACAGGGGACCUUUCAUGUUAGAAAGUUUACCCAGGAGAAGGCCCUUCUUGUCACCUUUGUAUUUUCAAGCCAUUUUGUGGAGAAAAAGAAACAUGAAAUUUCAAUAAAUUUAAAUGCCUUACCUGGUACCAGCAUUUCAUUAAAGGUAUACUAAAGUAUAUUUCAUAUGUGAAAUGUGUAUAUCCAUAAAACAUUGAAAUUCAUAUGUAUCAGAAAUCAUAAAAUGAAAUUGUCAAUUUCUAAGAUGUGUUAAUUACACUAUUAAAAUUAUUUUUGAGCUA